AUGGCUGCACCGGACCUAGAAAGUCUUCGUAUGUCUGGAGCGGGGAAGGCUCUGGCCGUCCUGACCAGCGGGGGAGAUGCACAAGGAAUGAAUGCUGCAGUUCGUGCUGUUACUCGCAUGGGUAUUUAUGUUGGUGCUAAAGUGUUUCAUGUAUAUGAGGGCUAUGAAGGAUUGGUUGAAGGAGGUGAUUGUAUCAAGCAAGCAAACUGGCUAAGUGUGUCAAAUAUAAUCCAGUUGGGAGGAACCAUCAUUGGAAGUGCCAGAUGCAAAGCAUUUACCACUCACGAAGGCCGUCUGGCUGCAGCCCAUAACCUUGUGCAGCAUGGCAUAACAAACUUGUGUGUCAUUGGUGGUGACGGCAGUUUAACAGGGGCAAAUAUUUUUCGAAAGGAGUGGAGCAGUCUGCUUGAGGAGCUUGUUAAAAAAGAAAAAGUAACUGAAGCUGUUGCUGCUAAGUAUACUCAUUUGAAUAUUGUUGGUCUUGUCGGGUCAAUUGACAAUGACUUCUGUGGUACAGAUAUGACAAUUGGGACAGAUUCAGCAUUGCACAGAAUAAUGGAAGUAAUUGAUGCAAUCACAACUACUGCUCAAAGUCAUCAACGGACUUUUGUGCUGGAAGUGAUGGGACGGCAUUGCGGGUACCUAGCCUUAGUAUCUGCCUUGGCGUCAGGAGCCGACUGGCUUUUAAUUCCAGAGUGUCCUCCUGAUGAAGGAUGGGAGGAUGUCAUGUGUUCUAGACUUGGAGAGACUCGAAGUCGAGGUUCAAGAUUAAAUAUCGUUAUUAUUGCAGAAGGAGCUAUUGGUCGCAAUGGGGAACCGAUUACCUCUAAUUAUGUGAAAGAUCUGGUUGUACAGCGCCUGGGAUUUGAUACCAGAAUCACAGUUCUUGGACAUGUACAACGAGGAGGAACUCCAUCAGCCUUUGAUCGUGUCCUGAGCAGUAAAAUGGGUAUGGAAGCCGUUAUUGCAUUGAUGGAAGCAACACCUGAAACUCCAGCCUGUGUUGUAAGCCUAUCUGGUAACCAGUCUGUGAGACUGCCAUUGAUGGAAUGUGUUCAAGUGACAAAGGAUGUACAAAAAGCUAUGGAGGAGAAGAAAUUUGAGGAAGCAAUUCAGUUAAGGGGAAGGAGCUUUGAAAAUAACUGGAACAUAUACAAGCUUCUUUCACACCGAAAACAGUCUGAAGAGAAGAGUAACUUUAGUAUGGCAAUCUUAAAUGUUGGUGCACCAGCUGCAGGAAUGAAUGCAGCUGUUCGAUCUGCAGUACGAAUUGGAAUUUCUCAAGGUCACAAAGUCUUCAUCGUGUAUGAUGGAUUUGAAGGACUUUCCAAAGGACAGAUUCAGGAAGUUGGCUGGCAUGAUGUUGCUGGAUGGUUAGGACGCGGUGGUUCAAUGCUAGGGACAAAAAGAACAAUUCCAAAAACUUGUCUACCCCAGAUUGUAGAAAACAUUAGAAAAUAUAACAUCCAUGCUCUUUUGGUUAUCGGAGGGUUUGAGGCUUAUGAAGGAGUGUUGCAGCUUGUUGAGGCUCGGGAACAAUAUGAGGAACUUUGUAUCAUUAUGUGCGUCAUUCCUGCAACUAUCAGCAACAAUGUUCCUGGCACUGACUUUAGCAUUGGCUCAGAUACAGCUGUCAAUGCUGCCAUGGAGAGCUGUGACCGCAUUAAACAAUCUGCUUCUGGAACGAAGAGGCGUGUCUUCAUUGUAGAAACUAUGGGUGGAUACUGUGGCUACCUUGCUACAGUGACAGGAAUAGCUGUCGGUGCUGAUGCUGCAUAUGUUUAUGAGGACCGAUUUAACAUCCAUGAUCUUAAGUCUAAUGUGGACCACUUGACUGACAAAAUGAAGACUGAUAUUCAAAGAGGUCUUGUGCUGAGGAAUGAAAAAUGUCAUGACUACUACACCACAGAAUUUCUGUAUAAUCUUUAUUCUGCUGAAGGAAAGGGUAUUUUUGACUGUCGAACAAUGUGCUUGGACACCUACAGCAAGGUGGCUCUCCUACCCCAUUUGAUCGCAAUUAUGGAACAAAACUUGGAGUCAAGUCUGUAA